AAAGCCUCAUCUCUUUCUAGACUGAAUGGGGCUAUUCUCUGUAAAGUCAUCAGGAACCUCCCAGCCAUAAUCUGAUGAUACGUCUCAGUAAGGAGAUUCUUGGAGUCGAGAGACACCAGAGGACAUUUAACAUCUCAUCGCUCUGCAGUCAGCUGAGGAGGGUCAGAAAAAGCCUGCAGAGAACUGAACCUUUUCCCGCAAAGAUGGAGAAUUAAUCGUGAUUGGGAUUAAAACUACUGGUUUAUUCUAGACUAUAACAAAUAUAUAUAACUAUAUAUGACUAUAACUUGAAGGCUUCAAGCGUAUUUUUCCGUGAAUAAUGACGUCAAAGCUAGUUUGCUCACUGCUUCUCCUUUGUUUACCUCCUGCUGUUGUUACCCUCUUCUGUUACACCUGCGUCUUCCCCACCAUCUCCCCUCUGGACUGCAUCCGAUUCCCCCUCACGUGCCCCCCCGGGCAGGUCUGUCUCUCCAGCCGAGCCGUGGGUGAGAAAGGGGACUUCCGCGUGGUGUUGUAUGAGAAGAGCUGCAUAGUGACCUCCCUGUGUGGACUCACAGGAGAAAAAUACACCAUGGGACUCAACUUCACCUUCACCAACGAAUGCUGCGACACACACCUGUGCAACCACGCCGCGGGGGCGCCGACCCCCUACCGCAGCGGCACCUUGCUCACGCUUAUUCUUUCAUACUGGAGCUUGGUGAAUUAAAGAGAUACGUGGAGGAGAAGCAGGGUAACGAAGACGAGGUCUUCCCUCUGAUGGCCUGAUGGGCAAAAGCAGAUUAUUUUUACUAACAUUGGAUAAUUACACACAGCUAACAGACUUAUCAUGAUAAACAUUUCUCAAAAGUUUUUGCUGAUAAAUCAGCACUGACAUAGGUCUCUUUCUCUGUAUUUUACGGUAUGAAAAUGCCAUUUUAGUAGCCCCAAUGUUUACAUGUGUGGUUAUGGGGAGAAAAUUUCUUAGUUAUAAUAAAUGUUGUACCGUCGGGGUUAAUAUGGAGUGGAUAGUCUCACGUAACACAGACGCACGGUAACGACUGUCGGGUUCUUUGACAAAAAUAUAAAUAUUGUUCUGAUUGUGCUCACUGAACUAUCUCUACCAUCCGUUAAUUUGCCUCAAGAGUCCUUUACAAUUUAUAUGGAAAUAAGUUCCUACUGUCACAU